CCGGCGCUGAUCCCCGGCGGUGCCCGGUGGUGCCCGGUGGCCUGUCGCGCCCACCCCGCUGCGCUCCUGGGCAGCGGCCCCGGGGGAGGCCGGCAUGGCGGAGAGCCCGGGGCAGCCUGGCGCCCCGCCGCCGGAGGGGAGCGACGUCCCGCGGGAGGGAAGCGUUGAGGAAGCGGCGGAGGAUCCGGAGCCCGCGGUGUCCCCCGAGGGGGCGGCGGAAUCCCCGGGCGGGUCCCCCGCCGGCGAGGCGCCGCGGUUGAGCGGGGAGGCGGCGGCGGUGUCCCCCGUGGGCAGCGGCGGGACGGGGAGCUGCACCCCCGAGGGGGCGGUGGAGACCCCGGCCGGGCCGGACGAGGGCCUGCAGGCUCCGGCGGGGGCUGAGCAGCGAGAGCCCGACGGCGGCGGCCCGGGGGGCGAGGGACUGCCAGGAGGAGAGCUGAUGGUGGCGGCAGCGGGGGUAGACGAGCCCGAGGGCUCCGCGCUGGAGAGGGCAGACCCCGAGGACGUGGCGGUGACCCCGGCGGGGACAGAGCCCGAGGACGCUGCCAUAGCCCCGGCGGGAACAGAGCUCGAAGAGGCAGAGGCGGUCCCGGCGGGGCCAGACCCCGGGGAGGCGGUGAGAGACGAAGCCCUGGCGGGGACAGACCCCGAGGAGGCGACGGUGACACCCUCGGCAGAAACAGACCCCGAAAAGGCGGCGGGGACUGACCUCGAGGAGGCGGUGAGGGAGGAAGCCCCCUCGGGGACAGACCUCGAAGAGGAAGUGGGGACAGACCCCGAGGAGGCUGCGGCGACAGCCUCGGUGGGGACAGACCCCGAAGAGGCUGCGGCAACAGCCCCAUCGGGGACAGCCCCAUCGGAGGCAGUGAGGGAGGAAGCCCCCUCGGAGACAGACCACGAGGAGGCUGUGGCGACAGCCCCGGUGGGGACAGACGCUGAGGAGGCAGUGAGGGAGGAAGCCCCGUCAGGGACAGACCCCGAGGAGGGUGCGGCGACAGCCCCAUCGGGGACAGACCCUGAGGAGGCGAUGGGGACAGUCCCCGAGGAGGCGGUGAGGGAGGAAGCCCCGUUGGGGACAGAGCCCGAGGAGGCUGCUGUGACAGUCCCCAAGGAGGUGGUGAAGGAGGAAGCCCCGUCGGGGACAGACCCUGAGGAGGCUGCGGUGACAGCCCCGGUGGAGACAGACCCUGAAGAGACAGUGGGGACAGACCCUGAGGAGGCGGUGAGAGAAGAAGCCCCGGCGGGGACAGACCCCGAGGAGGCUGCGGCGACAGCCCCGGCGGGGCCAGACCCUGAGGAGGCGAUGGGAAGAGUCCCCGAGGAGGUGGUGAGGGAGGAAGCCCCGUUGGGGACAGAGCCCGAGGAGACAGUGGGGACGGACCCUGAGGAGGCGGUGAGGGAAGAAGCCCCAGCGGGGACAGACCCCGAGGAGGCUGCAGUGACAGUCCCUGAGAAGGUGGUGAAGGAGGAAGCCCCGUUGGGGACAGACCCCGAAGAGGCUGCGGCGACAGCCCCGGUGGGGACAGGCCCCGAAGAGGCGGUGGGGGAGGAAGCCUCGUCGGGGACAGACCCUGAGGAGGGUGCGAGGGAGAAAGAUACCCCGUCGAGGAUAGGCCCCGAGGAGGCUGCGGUGACAGCCCCGGUGGGGACAGACUCCGAGGAGGCGGUGAGGGAGGAAGCCCCGGCGGGAACAGACCUCAAAGAGGCGGAGGUGACAGCCCCGUCGGGAGCAGACCCCGAAGAGGCCCUAAGGCAAGCGAUCCCGGAGGGGACAGAGCCCGAGGAGGCUGCGGCGACAGCCCCGGCGGGGACAGUCCCCGAGGAUGCGGUGCCGGAGGCAGCCCCGGCGGGAACAGUUCCCGAGGAUGCGGUGCCGGAGGCAGCCCCGGCGGGAACAGUUCCCGAGGAGGCGGCGGCCCCGGCGGGAAGCGAGGUGGCUCCCGAGAGCCGCGGGGAAGCGGAGACGGGACCGCCGGCCGGAGGGGAGCCCGAUGCCGGUCGCCGGUCGCCGGGGGCGGAGCCGGGAGCCGCCGCCCCGGCGGUGGCGGGAGCGGCGAGCGCGGAAGGCGGCGCGGAGGCGGCGGGGCAGCGCGGCGGGGCCCCGGGGCCCGGGGGCGGCGAGGGCGAGGCGGCGGGUCGGAGCCUGAACGGCGUGCGGGGCCGGGCGGACGACGAGGAGGGCGAGGCGGGGUCGCCGGCCGCCCCGGAGGAAGAAGAGGAGGAGGAGGAGAAGCAGGAACACGACAUCUCCCUCUUCGUCAAGGCUGGCAGUGAUGGGGAAAGUAUUGGAAAUUGCCCGUUCUCUCAGCGUCUCUUUAUGAUUCUGUGGCUAAAAGGUGUCAUAUUUAAUGUCACAACUGUGGAUUUGAAAAGAAAGCCUGCUGACCUGCAGAACCUUGCCCCGGGAACAAACCCCCCCUUCAUGACGUUUGACGGUGAAGUGAAAACCGAUGUCAAUAAGAUUGAGGAGUUCUUAGAGGAAAAACUAGCGCCGCCCCGGUAUCCCAGACUUGCACCAAACCACCCUGAGUCUAACUCUGCAGGAAAUGAUGUGUUUGCAAAAUUCUCUGCAUUCAUAAAGAACCCAAGAAAAGAUACUAAUGAAAAUUUGGAAAAAUCUUUGCUUAAAGCCCUGAGGAAGCUGGACAACUAUUUAAAUAGCCCCUUGCCUGAUGAAAUUGAUGCUUACAGCACUGAGGAGGUCACUGUUUCCAGCCGGAAAUUCCUGGAUGGAGAUGAGCUCACCCUUGCAGAUUGCAACCUCCUACCAAAGCUCCAUAUAAUCAAGUUGUUGCCAAACUUCACAGUUAACGGGAGGGUUUCUGUUUGCUUCUCUGCAAGCCUUGGAGGGCCACAAGCCAGGAGCUGGUGCCCACGCAGCACCCUGGCUUGCCCCGGAGAGUGGCCAGCUCGUAGGUGGGACCACACCUGAUAUCCAGAAGCCCUCUCCUCUGCGUGAGAGACCGGCCGGCCAGGUCGGCGAAGAACAAGUCCUUUUCACACCACGUGAGUCUUCUUUGGUAUUAAGAAUAAAUAAAUAAAUAAAAUCUCCUGCCUUCUCUCUCAGCGCUGCAUAACCCAUCAAACUUCCCUCCUGAACUUCCCCAAAGAGAGGAACACGGACUGUCACUGGCCUAUGGACUGUCUGAUAAGAGAUAUUUGACAAGGGAGAAGGGAGAGACUUGGUUGUCACCGUAGACAGAAGAAAUGGGUGAACAUCCAUCUCCAGCUACUGAUGUAGGAUUUCUUGGUCAUCCUUCCAUGACUCUUACUUGGUUUUGGAAAGCAAAGAGGAGGAGAGGACCUAAGAAAGAAACAGUCCUUCUAUACUUCCUUUUCCUGGUUGAGCUUCAGCAUAUUGGCUUUCCCAGGGCAGCUGUUAGGACUUCCCUGCUGAGAGCUCUGCAGCUGGUCAGACAGGUAUCUAUCGGGAACAUCGUAGACGUACCUCCUGCCCUAGGAGGGGGGAUGGAUUGGAUGAACCCCUCCAGCCUCACAUGGGUCUGUGUUCAAGGCAGUCAGUACUAGUGAGAAACACCCUCUAGCCUGGCAUCAAGGAGCGUACUACUAGAGAUGUAUGGACUGCAAAAAGAGACGUUCAUAGCUGCUUUCUGCUCAGCAGGCCCUCAGCAAGCACCUAGGAGUAGAGGAUGCAAUGCUUUAGUCAUAGGGCCACCUGGAAGUUUCCUUCUGAUGGAUUUUUUGCCUGUGUGUACAAAUAGAUGUGGAAAUGGCUAUAAAUUGCCUUGACAGCGCCUAUAACCACAAAAAGACUCUUACAGACUUGCCACUCAUCCUUGCCCAUGCCAAACGUAUGCUUGCUUUCUAACAAAGCAUUACUUAACGGCACUAGUCAGUGUCAGAUAUAUUGUGUCUGCGGCGUCUUCGUCUUGCACGCUACACAGUUCUGAUGCAAAUGUGCUGUCAUCACAAUUAUUUGUAAGCGAUGUUAAAUGUGCAGUUUUAGUUUGCCUUUAGAGAAAACAGACACAAUACCUUUCCCCUCCCACCCUCAACUGUGAACUCUCAUUUUGGGGUUGAUGUCUGAGCAGUCACUCAUCACGUAUUACUAACUGUUACUUUGUGUUUUCAAAUACAUACAUAUCUAUAUAAAAUAUAUAAAAAAUGAAAUCUGUAUACUCUUUUCAUAUGCCUUACAAAUUUGAAUAGAAAAUAUACAAAUUCAUAAGUAA